UUAAAAUAAGCUUUAUUUCAUAGAUCUUAGAGCUUUCAUGCUGCAUCUUUUGAUUUGUUUUGUUUUUCUAAUAAAAUGUAUUUAGAUAGAACAAUAUCAGGCGUCGUACGAAGCUAUUUAUUGUGAAUCCGAGAAAAAGAUGAAGUAUAUAAGGACCAACAUCAGUGAAAUAUUCGAUAUUGCAAUAAAAAAAUGUUUCUUUUUCUCGUUCUUACAACUUUCUGUUUUGUUGAAAGAAAAAUACUAAAUCAACACAAUGCCAUUUAUAUCUACUGUAUUGUCCAUGUCUUUUAUACAUUGAAGAUCUCCUAUAUGUACCGUAUCUUCCAUGUCUACUAUAUCCGCUAUAUUUCCGACAUUUCCUACAUCUCCUAGAUAUUCUAUAUUUAGUACAGAGUGUGCCAAAAGUCACUUUACCGAAAAAAAAUUGAAUAUCUCCAUUACGACUUCAAGCAAACAGGCUGAUCUUUUUAUCAAUGAUAGAGGCAUGUUCAACCUUUAUAUCCAUAAAAACAUGUCUAGAGAGAUCCUUUGUUAAGUAUAACUAUUGAUUUCAACAAAAAAAAUUUAAUUUUUCACAGACAGGAAAAAAAAACCAUACACUUAACAAGGGAUCUCUCUAGAUAUGUCUUUAUGGGUAUAAAGCUUGAACAUGGCUCUAUCAUUGAUAAAAAAAUCAGCUCUUUUGCUCGAAAUCGUAAUAGAAAUAUUCAAUUUUUUUCCAGUAAAGUGACUUUUGGCGCACCCUGUAUAUCUACUCUACCAGUAUUUAGUUGAUUUUUUUUCCACAAAAUCCAAAAAAGACAUCGUGUGCCAAUAUUGUUCUUAUACUUGCACAAAUUCUUUCAUUUUUUUAGAUUGACAAUCUCAUUCAUCAAUUAACAACAUUCAAACGUUCAAAUGAUCAAUGAACAAUAUUAGAGAACUUUCUAAAGUUAGUAAAAAAAAGAUUUUUAUUUCUCAAAUAUAUUUCUAUUCGGAAACUUAAUAGAAAUAUAAAUUUGAAGUUGGAAUAAAAAGUAUGAAAAUAUUGGCAAAUAUUUUACAUGGUACAGCUGAUACUCAUCUUAUUCAAGUAACACUUGAAACAUUAAGUACUUUGGUAACACAUGAUAUUACUAGUGAUAAAGAAAUGUACAUCGAUAAUAAAGAAAAUGUUCAUGUAUUACUUGAAUAUAUCAUAAAAAGUGAUUUUAUUGUUCGACGUGCAGCUAUUCAGUUCCUAACUGCAAUUACCAUCAAUUGUAUGAAAGAAUUACAAAAUAUUAUUUUUGAAACUCCAUCUGGCAUUUCAAAAUUAGUUUAUAUUUUAAAAGACAAACAUGAAAAUCUUGCACUUGAUGAAUUACGUCUUUUGCAAAACUUAACUCGUAAUCAUCGUCCUAUACAAGUAUCAAUUGUACGUCAAAAAGGUUUUAAACGUUUAUUUGAUAUAUUUGAUAGAAAAGAUUAUGAUGAUGAAAGUGUUACUGUUAAAGAGUGUUUAUCUGUUUUAUUAAAUCUAUUACAAGAUAAUACAAUAAAUCAAAAUUAUUUUAAAGAACAUCCAAUUCAAGAACUACCUUAUCUAAAAUGUUUAAAUAAAUUAUUCAAGAUCGAUUUUAUUCAUGAUGAAUACUGGUCACCACAAAAGAUGGAAAAUAUUCAUCUGUUAUUACAGAUUAUUCAAACACUAACAUCACCAACAAAUUCUAAACAUAAUAUUAUUGAUUAUCAACGUGCAAUUAGGCAAUAUGAUAUUUUACAAAAUAUGUGUGUUAUUCUGAAACUGGCAAAUGUACCAAUGCGAAUACUUAUUCAAAUUAUUAGUACAAUUGCUGAUGUUAUUGAUGAUAGUGCCGAAAAUAAAAAAUUUCUUGAUUCAGUCAUGAAUAAUUAUGGUAUUAUUCAACAGUAA